AUGGGUGUGGGCGGUCCUGUGCCCGGCGGCGUGGGUGGUCCCGUGCCUGGUGGCGUGGGUGGUGGCGUGGGUGGUUGGGCCAAGCCGGCGCCAGCGCCGGCUCCUCCGAUGCCCCCGGGAAAAUCCACGGCACCCACUGCAUCGGCCAUGCCGGUCACGGAAGGCCUUCCCGUGGCCUGGCCGCUGCCCACCAAGGCGAUGCAGAAGCUCUCCACCAACCAGUCCGUGGCAGAUGCCAACAUUGCGAUCCAGGAAAUGAGCGGCAGCUCGAGCGUGAUCGGUGAGCCGCUGCCCCCGCACGACCUGGCGCACGUCAAGAACGUGUUCACCCUGCUCCUGGAUAGCUCCCAGGACAACAACCCCAAGAAGAGAGAAGAUAUCAUGAAGAAGCUAGAGGAGCUUUAUGGCAAGUUGCAGACGGGGCAGCUGAAGACCGCCACUUCGCAGAAGGUGCUCCAGUUGGCAAAGGCCAUGGAGGCGCAGGACUACGCGACAGCCCAGAAGGUGCAGCAGGAGCUUAGCGUGGACUGGGACACCAACAAGAGCUGGCUGAUGGGCGUGAAGCGCCUCAUCACGCGGUGA